AUGGCGGCCGCGCGGGUCCCCCCGCGGGGGCGGCGGCGGCGGCUGCGGCUCUGAGCGGGGCGGCGGCGGCGAUGCGCGGCGCUCCCGGCGACGAUGGAGGACCGGUCCCACAAGGUGCUGCUGGCGCUGGUGAUGCUCUUCCUCUUCGCCGUGAUUGUGCUGCAGUACGUCUGCCCGGGCACCGAGUGCCAGCUCCUGCGGCUCCGCGCCCUGAGCCCCGCCGCCGCCGCCGACCCGUACCGGGCGGAGGACGAGACGCCGGCGCGUUUCGUUCCCCGCUUCAAUUUCUCCGCCGACGACUUGCUGCGGCGGGUGGACUUCAACAUCAAGGGGGACGACCUGAUCGUGUUCCUGCACAUCCAGAAGACGGGCGGAACCACCUUCGGGCGGCACCUGGUCCGCAACAUCCAGCUGGAGCAGCCCUGCGAGUGCCGCGCCGGGCAGAAGAAGUGCACCUGCCACCGGCCCGGCAAGCGGGAGACCUGGCUCUUCUCCCGCUUCUCCACCGGCUGGAGCUGCGGGCUGCACGCCGACUGGACCGAGCUCACCAACUGCGUGCCCUCCGUGGUGGACAGCAAGAAGGAGGUGCGGCUCCGGCCCUCCAGGAAUUUCUACUAUAUCACCAUCCUGCGUGACCCCGUCUCCCGAUACCUGAGCGAAUGGCGCCACGUCCAGCGAGGAGCGACGUGGAAGGCGUCCCUGCAUGUCUGUGAUGGCCGGUCCCCAACCACCGAGGAGCUGCCCAGCUGCUACACGGGGGACGACUGGUCGGGCUGUUCCCUGCAGGAGUUCAUGGAUUGCCCCUACAACCUGGCCAACAACCGCCAGGUCCGCAUGCUCUCCGACCUCAGCCUGGUGGGAUGCUACAAUCUGUCAGUCAUGCCUGAGGAGCAGAGAAAUAAGGUUCUGCUGGACAGUGCCAAGGAGAACCUGAAGCGCAUGGCCUUCUUCGGCCUGACCGAAUUCCAGCGCAAGACUCAGUAUCUCUUUGAGAAGACUUUCAACAUGAACUUCAUCUCGCCGUUCACGCAGUACAAUAGCACAAGGGCCUCCAGCGUGGAGAUAGACAAGCAGACUCAGCAGCGCAUCGAGGCCCUCAAUUUUUUAGACAUGGAAUUGUACGAUUAUGCAAAAGACCUGUUUUUGCAGCGGUACCAGUACAUGCGGCAGAAGGAGCACCAGGAGGCGCGGCGGAAACGCCAGGAGCAGCGGAAGAUCCUGCGGGCAAAGCAGGCACACCUGAGGGAGCAGGGAGAGAACAGCUCCAGCACUGACUACAUAGGGAACGUGGAGCGGUGGCGGCGGUAGUGGGGGGCACUCGCCGGGCACCAAAACGAAGCGGGACCCAACCCCAACCUGCAAAUCGGAGACGACAAACGACGCUUCUUGAGGGUCCGAAGCAAAAAGAGGUUAAAAUGUUGCCUUUGCAGUUGCCUUUGCAGUAAAUGUUGUACUGUACGUGGAACACUUAAUCUUAGCGUGUAAUUAAAUUGUCCUUUUUAGGUUUGUUGGAUUAUUUAUGAAAUACGGGAGCCAAAUCGGCUCAUCGGAAAUGUUUGCUUGGACAUUUAUUUAAAAGAAAAGAAAGAAAAAAAUUAUCCUUAAAUUAGCUAUGAGUACAAAAUGGGAUGCUGGAAAAUGUUUAUGAUGCUCGGCUGAAAUCUAUCUGGGAAGCAAACUCAUGUCCUAAUAACGAGCAUUUAGCAUACUCUCACAAUACAGUAUACGAGCAAAACCUUUUCCCUUUGAUUUUAUCUUUAUUUUAACAAUGUGUUUUCAAGGGCACCAACUGCUUAUGAUAUUUACCAAGUUAAUGAAUGGACAAUGAAGGGAACAGUAAAGGUCUAGAAAAAUUAUUGACUAGUUUUAUGUAUAAUAUUGGCUUUUAAAAUGAAUAGAAGUAAUUUCUCUAGUUAUAUAAAUAUUUAAAAUUUUAAACUUUUUCUACCUACUGCUGUUUAGAGUUUUAAGCUUGAUCUAUCUCAUAUUAAAAAAAAAGGAAAAAAAAAUCAUACAUAGUUUUCUGAACUCAAUGCCAAUGUUAUAGACACUGUUUUGAGACUUUUUCAGGGCAGUAUGAUUUUAACCAUUCUGGAAAAGUUGCAGCACACUCUCAUGUUUGUUUCAUAAAGCCUAUUCCAAAUUAUAAUCCUGUGACAGUGUCUCAUUUUAAGUCUUUCUUACCCAUUAGAAUACAUAAUGCUGAAUUUAUCAUUCCUUAAUAAUUGGUGGUAUAAACUAGAUGAAAUUAUGUUGCGGAUAUUUGUGUAGUGUCUUUAAAAAGUCAUAAAACUCUCUAAUCCCAGCAAUAUUAUGAAGAGAAUUGCUUAAUGGAAGUAGAUUUACACUUGAAUUAGGAUUUACUUCCAGUAAAUCUUUGCUACACCAGAUAAGAACAGGGCUUUUUUUUUUUCCUAUGCUCUUGAGCCCUUCUUAGCAAUGAUAGAUGAGCGAGGACUGAAAAUGAUGGAAGCCAAUUUUACCAUAGCCAUAGUUACAUGGGAUGAGAAGGUGUUGUGAUGCCUGGGGUGCAGCAGCUUGCUCCCAAGCAGGCUUUGCUGGGACACAGGGUGCAGAGCUGGAGCCGGACCGGGCUCACUCACAGCCCUCCGGCCUCACCCAGACCGACAGGGAGAGCAGACAGGGCAGGUAGUACAAGGGGCUCCUAUAAAUCUCUAUGCAAAAAAAUAAAAAACCUCUGCAAGGCUUGGGCUAGACAUUCAGCAAGUUCAGAAAAUCCAUACACAGCCUGCAGCGCUCCCGAGCUUGGCACUGAACGGAGAUCCCGGAGCGGGUGCGCAGAUGGAGGCACCCGGAAAGGGCCCUCUGUGUCCCCGUGGACACGAUGCUUACAAGGCUCACUUGCACUAUUGCCUUUCACCUGUAAUACUCUAUACACUAUGAAGGCAGGGGGGCAGAAGAUGAGGCAGAAGGCUUUAAAACAAUCUUACGGCUCCACGCCUAAGUUACUUGGAAGCCGUUUUCCAUCUGAUGUUGUGUGGCAGCCUAGGGGCAGAAAUCCUGCCGGGGGCAAGCAGAGAGCAAAGCAGCAGCAAACCAAUACCCUGCGUUAGCAGCUUCAAGAAGAGAAUAACUUCAUGUACAGCAAUUUUAUUUUUUUUUUAAAUGAGAACUGCAGUUGUCAAUAUGAUGUCUCGGUUGUAUUUUGGUUUUUACGGGGGAAAAUAAAACUGAAAGGCACUGCUGUAAACAGGACUUAACUGUGGGCGAGCUGGAGGCCUGUUGCAGGAGGUGCAUCUUGUUUUUAUGCUGUGGUGUGCAUGGUUUACAGAGACUAGUUGCAUUUUCUUUGUGUAUACUGUUUAUUGUAUAUAGGGGAUGUACGAAUAUAAGGAUACCAUUUUGUCAUAACCAUAUCAAAUUCUACUGAUUUCCACCGUAGACGCUGUCUUAUUGUGUAGAUUUACAGGCCAAUCCACUGACUUUGAUUGUGUAAUUUAACAAUAGAACUGAUAAAUAAAAUUUAACUACAGA